UGGUGGCCCUUCUCCAAGGGGCCUGAGCCGGGCGCGCAGUCCACACUGAUUUUGUUCAUACCUGGUAAUCCAGGGCACCUUGCUUUCUACACGCCUUUCCUUUCCACUAUAUACGACAAGACGGCUGCUUCUAGCUCUUCCCGGCUAGCCAUUUUAGCGCACUCUUACCUUGGGCAGACUCCGGGACUUGCGGACGAUAAUGUGUUCUCGCACCCUGAGCGAGUCUGCCUUACCGCUCAAGUGCAAGCAGUCAUCGAAGUACUCGAUUCCCUGAAGUCGGCAUAUGGCGACAACACCAGAAUAGUCAUGAUCGGCCACAGCGUAGGAACGUGGAUUACCCUGCAAGCUCUCAAAGCCAGACAUGAUCAUAUCGCCGAAGUCUUCCUCCUCUUUCCUACUAUUCAACACAUCCUUCAAACGCCUUACGGGCGUCGUUGGUCGUGGCUGUUCCGCGGACCAUUUCCCAGGAUACUAUCAACCCUUUCUACGACGAGCCGGAUAUGGCCGACCAAAAUGGUCUCGCUAAUCCUCAGGGACUGGCCACCGGCACAACUCCAGGUGCUGCUUAGAUGGCUUCGUUCUCCUCCCUCUGUCUUCGCGGUGCUGACUAUGGCGCACGACGAAAUGCAAACGAUCCGUGAACUCGACAUUGCUCUCAUGGACGAGAACCGACACCGUAUCUGUCUUUACUUUGGAGAUCAGGAUAUGUGGGUUGGAGAGCAGAAAGACGCGAUCCUGCGGCUCUUUAAUCCUGACCCCGGAAGCAUGAGGGUGUUCCACGGCCCUAGUGACAUUCCCCAUGCGUUCUGCAUAAACCACGGAGAACUGGUCGCGUCGCAGUGCCUCGAAUGGCUGAAGUCUGGCGGUUUCAUAUAAUUCGGUGGCCAAUCUCCCGCGGACGUGCAUCCGAGAUCUCCCACCACACUAGUAGUUCCACCAUGUUGUUCUCUUAUACAACGUUCUGUGGACCGCCUUACGUUUGAUCAUAUCAUCUGACUUGACCGUUAGAUAUAUUCGCCUUGCGUCUUGGACCGAUAAGCUGCAGUGCCGUCAUCGUCCCUAUUUAUACCUCCUUCAGCGAAUACUAUGGAUAGGUGCUUGCUUCUGUGUUCUCCUCAUGUUGCCCUGUUCCCACAUUGCUGGAAUACAACGGUAUACUAUGGUCGCAUUGUCCACUCCAAGUCGUUAUCCCAGCUCGAGAUCCUACCCAAGGCGGCCCUCGGCGUUGAUACAGAUGGAACGAUACGCUUCCUCGAUGGUGAAGUCGACAGUGCUGAAGCCGCACAGAAGAAAUAUUCAGCUCAGGGGUUCGAAAACGCGACUGUCGUCGUGCUAGGGAAGCUACAGUUCCUCUUCCCCGGUCUGAUAGACUGCCACUUCCACGCCCCGCAAUGGCCCAACAAUGCCCUGGGCAUGGAAUGGCCCCUCCGCGAAUGGGUCGUGCACAUGACCGACCCGAUCGAAGCCUCCUACGCCGACACCGCCAAAGCCGAGCGCGUCUACUCCGCGCUCGUUCCGAAGCUGCUGGAGAACGGGACGACGACGGCCGCGUACAACUCCACCAUCCACGUACCCGCGACGAAGGUGCUCAUGGACGCGUGCCUACGGCACGGGCAGCGCGCGCUCGUGGGCAAGCUCUGCAUCAACCACCGGGUGACGGCGGGUAAUGGGGAAGGGAGCGUGGAGGAGGGGCUGAAGCAUUCGAGAGAGGUGGUGGAGUAUGCGCGGAGGAUUGAUCCGGAGGGGAAACUGGUGAGGGGGUGUGUGCAGCCGCGGGGGGCGACGUAUGUGGUGCCGGAGUAUUUGAAGGGGCUGGGGGAACUCAGUCAGAACAAAGGCGGGGAUGUGAUCCCCGUGCAGCUGCACAUGUCGGAAGCACUCCCGGACGUCGAGUACAUGAAAAAGAUGUACCCCGACGCACCCUGCUACGCCUCCGUCUAUGAUGCCGUGGGGCUCAUGCACUCGCAAACCGUUGUCGCGCACGCGAUCCACCUCACGCCGCUGGACAUGUCCAUCCUGCAGCGCCGCGGCGCGGGCGUCGCGCAUAACCCGACGAGCAACACGUGCCUCACGGACGGGGAGUGCAUGGUGCGCGAGCUGCUCGAGCGCGGGAUCAAGGUCGGGCUCGGCACGGACUGCAGCGCGGGCUACUCGCCGUCGAUCCUCGAGGGGAUGCGCCAGGCGUCGAACGUCUCGCGCCACCGCGUGAUGCAUACUGGGGAUGAUAAGCUGAAGUUGGCCCUGGAGGAGGUGGUGUGGUUGGGGACGAUGGGCGGGGCUGGGGUUGUGGGCCUCGAGCGGAAGGUGGGGAACUUUGAGCCUGGGAAGGAGUUUGAUGCGCUGGUGGUGGAUGUGGGGUUGGAUGAUAAUGUGAAUGUGGAGGGGUGGGAGGAGGACGGGAGGGCGUUGGUGGCGAAGUGGGUUUUCUUGGGUGAUGAUAGGAGCAUCAGGAAGGUGUUCGUCAGAGGGAGACUGGUGGCAGGAAAGGACCUUAAGGAGCAAUCCUACCUUGCCGCUCAAAAGAACUGA